AUGUCGGACGUCAACAAAUUAUCGGCGGCUGAGAAGUCGGAGGAAUUGGGUUUGCAGAGCAAUCCCUCCUCGUCGACGCUGACACCAAGUAUCGACGAGAAUGUUCAGAAGAAACUCGUCCGGAAGAUCGACUUGCUCGUUCUCCCAGCCCUAGCCUGCGGCCUCCUCACACACGCGAUAGACCGCUCGAACAUCGGCAACGCAAAGUCAGACACCCUCGAGCGCGACCUCCACCUCGUGGGGAACCAGUUCCAGCUCCUCCUGAUCCUCUUCUACAUCCCGCUCACCCUGUCCUCGGUCCCCUUCUCCCUCCUGGCCAAGCGCUUCAGCCCGUCGCGCGUCCUCCCCAUCGCCAUGUUCGGCUUCGGCACGGUCGCCAUGGCGGGGGCGGCGACGACAAACUUCGGCGGGAUGCUGGCGUGCCGCAUGGUCCUGGGCGUCCUCGAGGCGGCCUUCCUGCCGCUGCCGAGCUACUACGGCAGCCUGUUCUACACGCGGCGCGAGCUCAGCCUCCGCAUCGCGUGCUUCUUCUCCGCCGUCAACGUCGCCGGCGCCGUGUCGGGGCUCAUCUCCUUCUCCGUGUUCCAGUGGCGCGACAAGCCGCUCAGCGGGUGGCGGUACCUGUUCCUCAUCGAGGGCGCCAUCACCGUGGGCAUGUCGGCCGUGCUGUUCGUCGUGCUCCCCCGGAGCGUCGAGUCGAGCCGCUUCUUCUCGCCCGAGGAGAAGAAGCUGGCGCGGGCGCGCCUCGGGCAGGGGACCCUCGACGCCGGCAGGGAGCAGGAGCAGCUCGAGAGGUUCCGGUGGGCGGACGCGCGCGCGACGCUGCUGCAGUUCGAGAGCUGGGCCUUCAUGCUCAUGGCGCUCAGCUUCGGCGUCGCGCUGACGGGGGCGGCCAACUUCCUGCCCUCCAUGAUCCGGCGCCUGACCAAGGACACGGCGCGCGCGAACCUGUUCACGAUCGGCCCGCACCUGACCGCCAUGGCGAGCCAGCUCGGCGCGACCUUCCUCAACAACCGCAUCCAGCAGCGCGGCGUGCUCAUCUGCUGCUUCGCGGCCGUCGCGGGCGUGGCGUGGAUCCUCCUGGCGACGCUGGACCUCUCCUCUGGCGGCCGGCGCGGCGUCGACGUCGGCUACUUCCUCACCUAUCUGAUCAUGGCGGGCACGUUCACGCCGCCGCCGCUGGUCGCCGAGUGGAUCGCGAGCAGCAGCCCCACGUCCACGGGGAGGGCGCUGCGGCUGGGCAUGUUCGCCACCGCGAUCCCGAUCGGCGGCAUCAUCAGCUCUGUUGCGUUUCGGGCCCAGGACGCGCCGGUCUACCAGAGGGGCCUGCUUACUUGUGCGUCAUUCAUCGUGCUUUUGGCAUUACUGGCGGGUGGGAUGAGGGUGCACUUUUCGAGGCUCAACGCGAGGAUGGAUCGUGGGGAGGAAGUUGCUGUAGCCCCUGGCUUUGAGAGGUCUGAGUGGAGGCAUGCUCUGUAG